GCUUUAUUUCUAGCAACAAGAUUAGGUUGUAGCGUCGUCAUGGAGUUUGACUACCGCACUGUGAUGGAUCUGUUAUAUUUCUUGUUGACAUUAAUGAUUAUAUGGUUGAUGAGGUUCAGGUUGAAAUCAUCCUAUAUCAAGGAGUUUGACACCAUGUGGUUAUCCUUUUUGGUGGUGCCUUCUGCAAUUUUGGCAGUACUAAUAAAUCCAGCUACACCUCAUAUGUGGAUUGUUCGAGUCCUUUUUGCAUUUACUAUGUAUUUGGAAACUGUUUCAGUACUUCCUCAAAUUCGUUAUAUGCAAAAUGCAAAGAUGGUUGAAACAUUCACAGGUUAUUAUGUAUUUGCUCUUGGUGUUUCAAGAUUUUUUUCACUGGCUUAUUGGAUUAUUCAUGUUUAUGAAAGUGGAGGGAGGUAUCUAUUUUUCUUUGGCUAUGGCUAUUUUUGGAUGGUCGUUCUUCAAGUAUUAGAGUUGGUCCAGUCUUUCAUUUUGGCAGACUUUUGUUACUAUUACAUCAAGAGCUUCAUGCAAGGGCAACUUUUGAGGAAGAUGCCUGUUUAACGAUCUUUGAUUUGAUUAUACAGUAUACUGAGAAAUUUUUUGCAACAUGUAACUUAGUUUAAGGAUUGUUAUCUAUCUUGAUCUAUAUUAUAUACAAUUGCAAUGGAUUUCUCAAUAAAUGCGCAAA